GUCAUAAUGUUUACGAUGAUUUUCUUCAAAAUUCUGAUAAUAAAUAGGCCAAGAACUAUCUAUCAUCUGAUAAUAAAUUUGCGCUAAAGUUGCGAUCGUGUUAUUAUUCAACUCGCAGUUUGAUAUUAUACAGUGCUGUUAAUAAUUGUUUAUCUGUAUAGUUAUAAGAUUUUCCGUUCAGCAUCAUGUACAUGUACAUCAGUUUCUUGGUUCUGGCAUUCCUUGGAUCCGUUUUCUCUCAAAAUAAUCAAAGGGUACCACCAAAUCCUUGUCCUACUGUUUUCGGGUAUUAUUACGACAAUGAUGGUUCCAUAUUUGCUGAAAUUCUGGUACCCAACGAUGGUUCCAAAGUAUUCAAGAUGGAAGUGAACACAUCUUAUAUUGGACUUUUCGACGAAAGAUCUAGACCGAGACUCACACUGGACCUGAUCACACCCAAAGAUUAUCUUCUCGAAGCCAGACAGCUCACCUACAAAUUAACCUUCACAAAACAAGAAGCUAUUCCGAGGAUAACACAGAUCAAGUUCAAUAAUAGGAUAUAUUGUAGGGGGCCAUCUGAAAUGUUGACUAGUGCCGGAGUUACUGAUUUAUGGGUUUUCAAAGAAACCAGGCUGCAAACAUUCACAUAUUAUCCAGACCAGCCCUCAAGGCCAGAAGCAACCACAAAACCAACAAUACCGCCUUUUAUACCACCAAGGACCACAACACAAUACCCGUGGCUGAAUCCAGCAGAAGAAAACGUGAGACCUGCCCCUCUAAUAGAUGCUCCACAGAAUGACCCAAACUGUGGUAUAUCAGAUAGGACAUUGAAUUUGAUAACGGACGGUAUGACUUCUGUUCAAAACGAAUUCCCAUGGUUGGUUGCCCUAUACCAAUGGAAAGGAUUGAACUACGAAUUCAGAUGCACAGCGAAUUUAGUGGACACAACACAUGUAGUCACAGUUGGAAGCUGCCUCAAACACUUCAAAGCCAAUUUGGUCAAAACAGAAGACAUACUUCUGGUCUUCGGAAAGUCAAGACUCAGACAGUGGGCUGAUGAUUCGAACUCUGUAGUUCGUACGGUAUCUAAGGUGGAAGUUAAUCCAGACUAUACACAGUACACCGCACAUGGCGAUGUAGCAGUUCUCACCCUCAAAAAACCAGUACAGUAUUCUAGAUUUAUCAAACCAAUUUGUCUCUGGGGAGACAGUAACACUGACGUGCAACAGUGGACUGGAAGGUAUGGCACAGUUGCUGGUUGGGGUAAAGAUGAUUACCAAGGAGAAUUUCUAGUAGAUGCUAAGAAGGUGGAGAUGCCGAUAGUCUCUGAGAACACUUGUUUAAUGUCCAAUCGGGAAUUUUCGAAGCUCAUUUCACACAACACUUUCUGUGCUGGUGAAAGAAAUGGUCGAGGACCUUGUACAGGGGAUAUAGGAUCUCCAUUUAUGUUGGAAAUGAAUGGUAAAUGGUAUCUUAGGGGAUUGGUGAGCAAAGCAAUUGUUGACAAACAUGAAUCCCGAUGUACUUUGGACGAGUAUACAGUUUUUGCGGAUGUGGCCAAGUAUUCCAAAUGGAUAUCGAGAACUCUGAAUAAUAUACCAAUACCAAUUUUAAAAUAAAAAUUCCAAAAUAA